AUGGAGCCUUUGUUACUUCAGGAGCAGGGCGGCUCCCCCUUUUCCGCUGCAGCUGGGCCUGGGGACAAGGUCAGCCCCAGCCCCUGCUCAGAGCUCCUAGACGAGAGCCAGAGUGACCUAGUCAUCCUCCACUUCUACGACGUGUAUGAGGUGGAGUCCAGGCAGGAGGAGCCGGUAGGAGGCGCUGCCAGAUUUGCUGCAGCUAUAAAAAAGUUCAGUUCCCUGGAUUCACUUACAAUAUUUAGUGGAGACUGCUUAAAUCCAUCAGCUUUAAGUUCAAUAACAAAAGGAAAACAUAUGAUUCCUAUAUUAAAUGCAGUGGGAGUACACUUCGCAGUCUUUGGAAACCAUGAAUUUGAUUUUGGUGUUGAUGUUCUGGAAGAUUAUAUACAACAAAUGAAAUUUCCAUGGCUCCUCAGCAAUGUAUAUGACAGAGUUACCUCUAAACCACUAGGCCAUGGCUCAGUAAAAAAAGUAGUUAAAUGGAAUAAUACGAAAAUUGGUUUAAUGGGAUUAGUAGAAGAAGACUGGCUGGAUACCUUGCCUACCAUUAACAAAUCAAACCUAAACUACAUAGAUUAUGUCAAAGUAGGUAAUAAAAUAUCUUCAGAAUUUAAAGCAGAGGGAGCAGGACUUAUAAUUGCUAUGACACACAUGCAAUGGAUUAAUGACAUCAGACUUGCCCAGAACACCCAAGGAAUAGAUCUGGUUCUGGAGGGCCAUGACCAUGAUUAUGGAAUCAAAAAGGUGAAUGUAACUUGGAUUGUCAAAAGUGGGUCUGAUUUCAGGAAUUUCUCAAAAAUAAAUAUAAGAAAGUUUGGUGCAUCAUUUCAGUAUACAUUUCAGAGGAUUGACAUUUUGAGGAACCUAGAAGAAGAUUCUUUUAUAAAAUCAGUGGUGGAUGAUUAUACUCAAAACCUGCAGGUAGGUACAACUUCCUUAAAUAUUUUGAUGACUGAAUCUAUCUUUAGAUUCUCUAUGCUAGGAAAAGUAUCCAUUUCUGACAAUGAGCGUCAACCACCUCUUUUAGAGGAAGUUCUUUGUCCCAUCGACACAGAAUUAGACGGUCGUGUUUCUACUGUAAGAAGAUCAGAGAGUAACCUGGGAAACCUGAUAACUAAUGCAAUGUUAGAAGCUACUCAUGCUGAUGUAGCAUUACUCAAUUCAGGUACUCUUCGUUCAAACCAUAUACAUCCUGCAGGAGAUUUUACUAUGCACGAUCUUUUAACUAUCCUUUCCAUUGUGGACCCACUUCUAGUAGUCAGAAUUACAGGAGGACAACUGUUGGAAGCUCUCGAAAAUGGAGUCUACAGAUAUCCAGCUCUUGAUGGAAGGUUUCCUCAAGUAGCAGGAAUGGAAUUUGGAUUUGAUCCAAAUGCAGAACCAAGGCACCGAAUUAUAAGAGACUCUGUAAAGAUUCAAGGACAAUAUCUCAAGAAGAACAAAGUCUAUCAACUUGCCAUUAAGGAGUACUUAGCUUAUGGAAAGGAUGGCUAUGUAAUGUUUCAGAAUUGUCCUAGAAUGUAUGAUACAGAAACUGCACAGAUAUUUUCCACAGUUGUUGUUAAUCACUUUGAAUCUAUCAAGAUUGUGCAUGACAUCAAAAAGUGCAUCUCCGGUCACCGAAUGAGUUUAAUUACCAAGUCCAAAUCAGCAUCACUAACAGCAUUUAGUGAUUUACCAAAGAAUAAUCUCUUUAUCCGCUAA